AUGAAGAGAGUAAAGGUCAUCAACGAGCAGGCUUGGCAGUAUCUUGAAAAGUGGUCGAAGGAAGCUUGGACUAAGGCGUACUUCAGUGAGGAUCCCAAGAAUGACAACAUUUGCAACAAUGCGUGGAUGCCAUGUAUGCAUGCAAUUUCAGCCAUUCAGGACAAAAAUGGUAAGAGGACUGAGGAGUAUUGCCAUGAGUUUUUGAUAAUGGAGGCGUAUAAAAGGACAUACUGUUUCAAUGUUAACCUGGUGAAAGGACAAGAUCUGCGGGAGAAAACAUCCUCACCUGCCCCUAUCCCACCCCCAAUUAAGUCAAAACCUGGGAGGCCUACCAAGAAGAGGAGAAAGGACAAAGGAGAUCAACCAGUUGGGUCAAGCACCAAGAUGAAGAGGAAGUACAACCCAAUUAGGUGCAUGCAUUGUAGUGAAGUUGGACACAACAAGAGAAGCUGUGCAAAGAAGAAAAAGGAGGAUGCUGAGGAACAAGCUAGGCAAAUGCAACUUCAGCUUGCCAUUGCUAAAGGGCCUGCUCCCCCUACAGAUGAGCCAAACAACAACAAUGAAGUUCAAUCACAUUCUGCCCCUCCUCCCCCAGUCCAGCCACAACCUGCUGUGGAAGUCAACCAACCAGGAGGAACCCCACCAAUGCAACAUACCCAACUGCCUGUUCAAGACCUUCAGGGUGCAAAGAGAGGCAGGCCACCCAAGUUGCAUGUCAUCAAAAGCAAGGCAAGAUCGAAUGCCUCCAACCAGUCACCUGUGGCCAUAUCUGCUGAGACAUUGAAAGGAACAACUUCCGCCACUGCAAAGAAGAUGCAAACCUUCAUGAUAUUCGUGCCUACUCCAGGCUUCAAGUGUCCAAGAAAGAAAGAUUAA